AUGACCUCACGCAUCACCACCGCCUGCAACGGCUGCCGCAUCCGCAAGGUCAAGUGCGACGGAGCCCAUCCCUGCUCUCAGUGCGCUCACUUCGAGCUCCCCUGCCACUUCACCGCUCCGCGUGGGAAGCGCAAGCCUGGGCAGCAGCAGUCCAUCUCACGGGUAGGCAGGAAAAGAAGCGACGGCCAUAGCCUCAGUCACCGUCGCCGCCACCAGCAACGAUACACGCCCGACUUCUUCCUCCCCCUGAUCCCGGACUACGAAAAGCACGUGUACCCGGUCAACCCCAUCAUCACCGGCGACGAGAUGCGCGACGCCGUCCUGGCCAUGGACGCCUCUCACGAGAACAAGGCGCUGGUGUACGCCUUUGCCGCCGUGACCAUCAACCUGACGAGGACGUCGAGGUCCGGUGCCAUGUCGUCCCAGCUGACGGACCUCGUGCGUCGAUGCCUGGCUGCCCACCGCAUGGCCGACGUUGAUGACUCUCCCUCAUCCUUCUCCUCCUCCUCCUCCUCCUCUUCCUCCACCUGCAGCUACAAUGUGGAGUACGACGACGACGACGACGACGACGGCAACGUCAAACAUCCCUGCUCCGAUGCCGCCGUCAACGUGACCCCGACCCUGGGCGAGCUUCCGGUGACGGUGAAGCGCAUCAUGACGUGCAUAUUCCUCGAGAUCAGCCUCAUGGCCUUUCGGCUUUUCAAGCGCAGCUUCGCCAUCCUGCGCGAGGCCAUCACCAUGGUGCAGACUCUCAAAGUGUACCGCUACUCGUCCGCGUCGUCGUCGGCCGCCGGCAGCGCUCACGUGGCCCGCCUCCAGCGCCUGUACUGGGAGUGCUUCAUACACGAGCGCUUCGUCAACGUCAUGUCCGGCUGCCCGGCCAUGCUGCAGCCGCUCAGCACCGGACUGCCAUGCCCGGACGCCUCCAUCCCGCCCCACGUCGACGUCGGCUUCCGCUGCCUCAUCCGCCUCUUCGCCAUCAUGGACGCCGGCUUCCUCGCCCACUGGAACGCCCAGAGCGACCCGGCCAGCCUCGUGCCGGGGCCCAUGACGGCCGCCUGGGUCGAGGCCAAGCAGUCCGAGCUGGACAGGCACGAGGCCGACACCGCCCUGCACGACGACGCCAUGCGCGCCGCCUCCACGCAGUCCACCGGCCUCAGCGAGCUGCAGCUGGCCGACCUCUUCGUCACCCGUCUGUGGCUGCGUACCCUCGUCUGGCAGCUCGCCCUGUCCAACGGCCUGCUCCGUACCCCUCUAUCCUGCACGAACGACGACGGCGGCAGCGAUAACAAUGACGGCAAUGCGUCGUCCUCCUCCGCAUCUUCCUCCCUCACCUCCUCAUCAACAACAUCAGCCUCGGCCUCGGCCUAUCACCGCCAUAACCGCUCGGAGGACCUGCUCUCACUGCACUACCCGGCCGCCAAGCUGUCGUCCGAGCUGCGCAGGCUCGUCUGCUGCCUGCACGACGUCACCAGCAUAGCCACUCACGGCAGCGGCAUCCUCCAGAAGCUCUUCGAGAUCACAACCACCAUUGCCGACGUCCUCGCCCUGCUGCCCCUGCCGCCUGCCUCGUUGUCCUCCGGCCCCGUCCCGGACACGGGCGCAGCCGCCGCCGGCGAAUCCGGCAGUGCUACCGCCCAUAUCGAGGACUUCAUCUUCCUCGUCGACUUCCUCUUCAGGUUUGAGCGCGUCUCUAAUGAGGAGAGGGAUUAUAUGCGCGUCAAGAUUCGUCACUUGCAGGCUGUCUUUCCCGGUGUCGGGUUUGAAAAUUUGUUGACAACCUUGGCCUAG